CCUGACCUAGGCGAUGGGCGUCAAGACGGCGCUGCCCGCGGCCGAGCUGGGCCUCUACUCCCUGGUGCUGAGCGGGGCUCUGGCCUACGCUGGCCAGGGCCUCCUGGAGGCGUCGCAAGACGGGGCUCACCGGAAGGCCUUCCGGGAGUCGGUGCGGCCAGGCUGGGAGUACAUCGGCCGGAAGAUGGACGUGGCCGACUUCGAGUGGGUAAUGUGGUUCACGUCCUUCCGGAACGUCAUCGUCUUCGCCCUGUCUGGCCACGUGCUGUUCGCCAAGCUCUGUAGCAUGGCUGCUCCCCAGCUCCGCUCCUGGAUGUACGCAGCCUACGGGGUGCUGGCCGUGGGGGGGACCAUGGGCCCGUGGUAUCUGCUGCUGCUCCUGGGCCACUGCGUGGGGCUCUACGUGGUCUCUCUCCUGGGCCAGUCCUGGCUCUGCCUCGGCUUCGGCCUAGCCAGCCUGGCCUCCUUCAAGAUGGAUCCGCUCAUCUCCUGGCAGAGCGGGUUUGUCACGGGCACUUUUGAUCUUCAAGACGUCCUGUUUCACGGGGGCAGUGGCUUCACCAUUCUGCGCUGCACCAGCUUCGCGCUGGAGGCCUGUGCCCACCCCGAUCGCCGCUACUCCUUCGCCGACCUCCUCAAAUACAACUUCUACCUGCCUUUCUUCUUCUUCGGGCCCAUCAUGACCUUUGACCGCUUCCACGCCCAGGUGAGCCAGGUGGAGCCAGUGAGGGCUGAGGGCGAGCUGUGGCGGAUCCGGGCCCAGGCGGGAAUCAGCGUGGCGGCCAUCAUGGCUGUGGACAUCUUCUUCCACUUCUUCUACAUCCUCACCAUCCCCAGCGACCUCAAGUUUGCCAAGCGCCUCCCGGACAGCGCCCUUGCCGGCCUGGCCUAUUCCAACCUGGUGUAUGACUGGGUGAAGGCGGCCGUGCUCUUCGGGGUGGUCAACACCGUGGCUCGCCUGGACCACCUGGACCCACCCCAGCCGCCAAAGUGCAUCACGGCCCUCUACGUCUUCGGGGAAACGCAUUUCGACAGGGGCAUCAAUGACUGGCUUUGCAAAUAUGUGUAUGACCACCUUGGAGGGGACCACAGCUCAGUGAUCCCAGAGCUGGUGGCCUCUGUGGCCACCUUCGCUGUGACCACCCUGUGGCUUGGGCCAUGUGACAUCGUCUAUCUCUGGUCCUUCCUUAACUGCUUCGGUCUCAACUUUGAACUCUGGGUGCAGAAGCUGGCGGAGUAUGGGCCUCUGGCACGCAUGGAGGCCUGUCUGUCGGAGCAGAUGUCCCGCAGGGUUCGAGGCCUUUGUGGAGCUGUAAACUUCUGGGCUAUCAUCAUGUACAACCUCGUGAGCCUGAACAGCCUCGAGUUCACAGAGCUGGUGGCCCAGCGCCUGCUACUUACAGGGUUUCCUCAGACCACGCUGGCCAUCUUGUUUGUUACCUACUGUGGCGUCCAGCUGGUGAAGGAGCGAGAGCGAACCCUGGCCCUAGAUGAGGAGCAGAGGCAGGACAAGGAGAAGGAGGAGUAGAUGGCAUGGAGGGCAGCGUGCUGAUUGGCUCUGCUCAGCUAUUUCUGGGCGCUAGGCCCAGACUAUGCCCCAUGACGCCUGAAUGAUAGAAUAAAAAAAGACUUUU